UACGAGGAAUGUACUCAAUUCUUUUCUUUAUUCAUUUUUCAAAGUUUCAAUCAUUCCUCAGAGUCAGGCGCAAAAACAAACAAACAAUUGUUGUUUUACAUUUCAAGUUUUUUCGAUUUCUGAAAAGCAUACCAUCUGGUGGUUACCUAAUAAAUCAAAUGCAAUCGGAGUUCGGAGGAUAAAUAAAUCAAUUAUACUAGAAAGAAAGACUUGGUUUUGCGAUAUUCAGUUUAUGUGCUCUUUAUUGAAUCAACUCUUUCUACAUUGCUAUAGCCUUUGCAUCAUCUGCAUCCUUGAUUUUCUGUAAUUGCUCAAUUUUUCGUUUUGGUCUGAUAUCCAUAAAAUAUUUGUAUCCAUAAUAUCCAAGAUACGCUGUUGAAAUGACCGUAAUACCCAUGCAAGCGUACACCGUCCCAUGAUGCAAAAAGUCGUAGAGUUUAUUCUUUGCUUGUCGUUUCAGCAACAUCUUCGAUUUAAGUGUAUUUUUCCGGAAAUAUCCUUCGAAUGUGGUUUCAACACUGUUUUUAUGAAAUAAUUUUCUCUUUGGUUAUGUCGUAAUACCUUCUGUUGUCACACUGACAGUUCGUUUUCAUUUGACAUAAUGAAGUUGGUUAUAAAUCGGCUGCGUUCAAGUGACACACCGGUUUGUUGAGUGGAUAUUUUUGUUGAUAACAAGAAAAAAAAUAUUAUUCAGAUUUUUCCGUACUUCUUUCCAACAAAAUAAGAAAAUGACGCAAAUUAAGCUUCUUUCGUCGAACAAAUCUUUUGGUGGCUAUCAGAAAAUAUACUCACAUUUUUCAAAAGAGUUGGAUUGUGAGAUGAAAUUUGCUAUCUACCUUCCACCACAAAGCGAGACAGCAACCAAGCUACCAGUAUUGUAUUGGUUAAGCGGUCUAACAUGCAACGAAAAUAAUUUCAUUCAAAAGGCCGGCGCUCAAAGUUAUGCUGCUUCACACGGCAUAAUCAUGGUUUGCCCAGAUACCUCGCCGCGUGGUACCGAAAUCGCAAAAUAUGAUGUUGAAUCAUAUGAUUUGGGCUCGGGGGCGGGUUUUUACGUAGAUGCCAUUACAUAUCCGUGGAACAGGCACUAUAAAAUGUUUACAUACGUCACGAAAGAAAUUGUUGAAGUAAUCAACCACAAUUUCCCAACGGUUGAAGGACUUCAGAGCAUUAUGGGUCACAGCAUGGGUGGUCACGGUGCUUUAAUAUCUGCUUUAAGGUGUCCUGGCCUUUACAGAUCAGUGUCAGCGUUUGCACCGAUUGCAAACCCAACUCAAUGUCAAUGGGGUCAAAAAGCAUUUACUGCCUAUAUCGGUGAAGACAAGACCUUGUGGAAUGAAUGGGAUGCCACCGAAUUGGUUCAAAAGUAUAAAGGUCCUCAAAUUCAGUUAUACAUUGAUCUAGGUUCUGAUGAUCAAUUUUUGCAAGAAAAACAGCUAUUGCCAGAGAAUCUAAUUGAAGCAUGUCGCAAGUCUCGCAUUGGUUGCAUUUACAAUUUACGAGAAGGCUAUGAUCACAGUUACUUCUUCAUUGCCUCAUUUGUGGGUGAACAUAUUGCUUAUCAUGCUAAAUUUUUGAAAGAGUAACGUCCGUUUCAUCGGAACAAAGUUUGAAAAAAAAAGAAAAUCGCUACAAUACAUAAAAGCAAAGAACUGAAAUGCGGUAAUAUACAAAAAUAAAUUGUCCAAAUGCAUUUGAAAUACAUACAUAAAUAAAGAUUAUUUUCUAAAAACAACAAUACUA